CUUCGACAAUUGCGUUACUGUGGGUCUUUGAAUAAAGGUCACGUAUUCAUACAAAAUUAUUACCCUGUUAUCGUGACAAAAACAAACUGAUGGCUACCACAAAAAAUCCACAGCAGUUUCUUGCAUUCAAAAUUUGAGUCUAGUCGUUACGAACGUUCAUAUAAUAUCAAUUCCUAUUUUUUCGUGAAAUGCUUCAGAUGUCCGACUUAUUGACUCAUCAUACAGCAUCAGAUUCAGAUGAUAUUGGGGAUGAAGUUAUUAGGACAAUGUUUAUGGUUGCUAAUAAACUUGAAGAGUCCAUGAGGCUGGCGUAUAAUUCGUGUGAAUAUACUCCUUACGAUUCGCCAGCUGAACAUUCUUCUCUAAAUGGAGAGGCAUUUUAUCCCGAAUCAGGUGAAUUGCCCGAAUCAAAAUAUGAACACAACGAAUACAUACACCCACAUAUACAGUAUGAAGACGAAUUUGAUUUGGAUUCACGUACUUCGUAUAUGGAUAUGAAAACAACUCCAUGUAGUCAAACUACCGAAAAUAAUGGUUCACCUGGCAGCAGAAAUUCAUUGUUUGAAUGUUGUGAAUGUGAUCGUCGCUUUAAAUCGAAAAGUGUUCUCCGGAGGCAUGUUAGAGUUGUGCAUGAAGGUCAAAUAUUCCAAUGUGACCACUGUGAAAAAUCUUUUUCAUUUAAAUAUAUUUUAUUAAGACAUGUGAGGUCUUGUCAUGAAGGUGUCACUUAUCCUUGUGAACAAUGCGGAAAAUCAUUUUCACGGAAAUGGAAUUUAAAACAACACAUUAAUUCUGUUCACGAACGUCAAAUAUUCCAAUGUGACAACUGUGAAAAAUCUUUUUCAUCUAAAAAUAUUUUAUUAAGACAUGUGAGGUCUUCUCAUGAAGGUGUCUGUUAUAAAUGUGAUCAAUGCGACAAGUCAUUUUCAAGAAAGUAUGAUUUAAAUCAACAUGUAGUUUAUUGGCAUUAUGAAAGUUAUUUAAAGUCAAAGAAUUUAAAUGGUAUAUCCCUCAAAGAAGACACGCUACAGGAGCCUGUAGAAAUUCCUCAGCAAAGUGCACUUUUCAAAUGUGAACAAUGUGACGAGAUAUUUUCAAGUAUGUCUCGUUUACGUGAACAUCGAAUAUCUCAUGAAUAUUCACAGCUCACACAAAUUCCAUAUGAGUCAUUAUUCCCGCAAAAAUAUGACAUGAACAAAGACAAGUUAUUUCAACAUGAAGGUAAACCAUUUAUUUGUCAACAAUGUGGUAGAGGUUGUUCAUCGAAAGGCAUUUUAAGGCGACAUAUUAGAAUUACUCAUGAAGGGCGUAAUUUUCCAUGUGAUCAAUGCGGUAAAACAUUUACACGAGAAUGUAAUUUAAAGGAGCAUAGAUUAGCAUUUCAUGAAGGUAAAUUUUUCAAAUGCGAUGAAUGUGAUGGUUCAUAUUCCUCAAGGAGUAUAUUAUUAAGGCAUGUUAAAUAUGUUCACAGAGGUAUACACUUUCGUUGUGACCUUUGUGACAAAAUAUUUUCGCGGACGUAUCAUUUACGAAUUCAUCAAAUGUCUGUACAUGAAAGAGUCCGAUUCAGUUGUGAUCAAUGCGACAAAACAUUUUCGCAUAAAUUCGAUCUGAAAAUGCAUAAAUCAACAUUUCAUGAAGGUUUAUACUAUCAUUGUAAUCUUUGUGAUAGAAAAUUUUCACGGAUGUCUCAUUUAAGAACUCAUCAAUUCUCUGUACAUGAAGUAUCAACUUACUCCUCACGAAUACGCCUAUUACCUCAAUCUGAUAAAGUAUCCUUAUCAAAAGAAGAAGAAAAUUCAAUGGAAUAUAUCUACAGAAAGAAAUUCAGGUGCAAUCAGUGUCAAAUGUGUUUUAAACGGAAUUAUCAGCUCAAAUUGCAUAGCAAACUAUUUCAUGGUAAACGUUAUCGUUGUCAUAAAUGUGGAAGAAUGUAUGAAUUUUAUGGUUAUCUUAAAAAGCAUUUAUUAUUCUCACAUAAAAAUCUAUGCAGCCUACAAUUAUCAUAAUGUUGGAGAGUAUUCAUCACUUGUAACUUACACAAUUCGUUAUGCAUUAUUGCAUGUAUGUGUGUAUGUAUAUAUAGACAGAGUUGUAAUCAACAUGUAGAAUUAUUUCGAUUACUUGUACUGGUAAUUCUUUAAAUAUAUACCAUUUGAUUAUGUAAUUACUGUCUACGUAUAUAUAUGGGUGUAUUUGACUCUCUGUCUCUUUCUCGCCUUCCCCCUCUCACUGG